CGUCUGAGACUUGAACGUUGAACAUUGAACAUUCUGCGAUCCCUCUUCCUCUCCUUCUCUCUGCAAUCUUCAUUCACAUUAUCGCGACACCUGUAUUGUAGUGCACUGCUUGCAUAACGCCUAUCAGUUGUCCACAGGAAACCAUUGAAUGUUCACUCCAAAUCAUGCGAAACCGGAAUUCGAACAGGGGAGCACGAAGGAUUCAUCCUCUUCUUACAAUCGUUCUGCUCUAGAGAUGGCUGCCGAGAGGGUUGCUGCGCGACAACAUUUACCCACGCCAAAUUCCUCUCCGGCUCACCGCGGAACAAAGGUAUCCUCCAACUUGCAGUUCACCAGUCAUCUCCCUACCCCUCAAAGCCCCGGAAAUAAGGAUGCAUACUCUACGCUCUCCUUUGAUCCAGAAACACCCACGCGCAAUAAAACACGAAGCGUGCCGGCUGAGGCAAUGGCCAGCCUCCCAAAGCCAUUACAACUUUCUCCGUCAUUUUUGACACCAGAAUCCAGCCCCUUUUUUCCUCGAAGGGGGCGGCUUUCACGACCAUUUCGUACGCCAUCGCCAAGAAACAGCGAUAAAGACACUAGACGUGACUCCUCUUCCCUUGCAAAUGGCUCGGAAAGGUCCAUCACGCCACCACCAGUCUCUCGCGAGAUCUCGCCGCUACAUUCGGGUUUGUCAUCUCCCUUCAUAGACAGACGGUCCCAGACGAAUGGCCAUUCUCCAUCAACUCCGAAGCAGUCAGACAUAGGCACUUCGCUUGACAGUCCAAUGGUAGUCGACGAUAUAUUUUCUCCGGGGGCAUCGACGUCGAGGGCGUCGCGAUCUCUUCAAGCGCCAAUACCUCAACGCCCCGUUGGUGGCGAGAUCCAUCGCAUUCGAUUACAACUUGCUGCUGACCAGGCCACUCGACAAGACGAGGUGGAAGCCCGUAGACCGGAAUAUUUAAAGCGGUUGAAACGUCCCUCGUCUGGUUCAGAAUCCGACUUCUUCAACGAUCCGCCUGAGAAGGAGACUGAUGCAUCCACGUUGGGUGUUGUCGAUAGUCCCGUCAAGGGUAGACGGCUCACCUUGUUUCAGGCAACUUCAGAGGAGACCUUCGAGCAGAGUCUGUCUACUAGUGGAUACCGUCGCUAUGGUGCAAUGCCAGCAUAUAGCACAGAUCCUCAGACCCCAGAAAACAAGAGUAAAUCCCAACUUUCACAACAAGCACUAGACUGGUUACAACGAGUGACACCUGGGAAGACCAAUACCACUGCUUCCGCUGAAUCGGAGCAUGACGUGGACUGGGUACCCAGCGAGAAAGAGAUCAAAAAGCGCCGGCGGCUUGCAGCUUUCGAGGGUCACAGUCGAUACGAAUCCUCUCAUAGGCUUUUUGCUGUAGAAGUCGAAGGCAAGGGCCGAGUUUUAAUGGAUCAAGCAACUCUAUCUCUACCUGCCACACCGCAGAAACAAAAAGUUGGGCGGAAGAGGAAGGUUCGAGCAUCCUCUCCUGCAAAGAAGGCUGCCGAGACGCCUGCUGAGGAGAUCGCACCACCCAGACCAAAUUGGCUGGAUUCCCAGUUCCCAUGGGCGAUGCGUAAUCAGGAGCGAUCGCAUCUAACACGGAUGGAGCAGGAAGAGAGGAUGAAAUGGAUCGAACAUUUCCUUGAUCGGAGCAGUAGUGAUGAGGAGGAUGAAGGGGAUCAAUCACUGGGUCCUCCUGUACGAUCUGAUGACAUUGUUGAUCAUCCACCAAGGCGAGGCAGGGGAAAGAUGGUGCCGUUGAAAGCUAAUCCACAAUCAAGAUCGGCGCCUUUGGAUACUUUCCUGAUACCCAGUGAUCCAGCUGAUGCUCGAGCAGCACUUCUGUCUAAGCGUUCAGUUCGCUCAUUGGCCUUUCGCAAACGGCUACAAGGGGCUCGAGACAAUGACGACUCUGACUCAGAAGUUCUUUGCAUCUGCGGAGGGUCGGAUGAUGGUCGGGAAUUGGUGCAAUGCGACGAAUGUCGUGCCUGGUAUCAUCUUCAAUGUAUAGGCAUCAAGGAUGUCUCUGAACUUGGCCGAGAGGAAGACCCAUGGUUUUGCGCAGAUUGUCUCGGUUUACCGACACCGUCAGAUGGACCAGCAUCCGAACCGACUUUUGCCCCUACAGAUGACAGGCCAUUGGAGACAAAGCCUCGCGAUCCGCUCUUUUUCCAGGGUUCAUUGCAAGAGUCGCCCACUACGCCGUGGAGUGCCGCCCGUAUUCCAAGAACGCCAAUACGAGGCCGAAAUUUGACCGAGGCAUUUUCGUCCCGAACAUCAUGGGACAGUUCCAGUCAAGUUGGUCCUUCUACGCCGCGAAAUUCAACACAAAGUGUACGAGUACAACGUACGCCUACUAUCUUUGAUGGCGUUGACUGGAACGAGUCACCUUUUGAUCCAACUUCAACGCCAUCGCGAGGAAUGCAUUUCAGCGGACCAUUUACAACUCCCAAGGGGCCAACAUGGGCGGCUCGCAACGGUCUGAUGCAGACCCCAACAGCUCGCGAUGGUUCCAAAACCAUAGGAGGCCCUUUACCCUUCACGUUUGACCCAAACAUGAGCCGUACUCCACCACGGACGGUAUACACCUACGAGGAUACACCCGUUCAGCGCUCGAUACCAAGAGCAGAAAGAGGACGAGGUGGCCCACAACCGUUGCUAGAAUCUCCUCUGAGCUCGAGGUCCGGUCCAAUGUAUCCCCUGGGACUUCAAGAUUCUCCUCUUAUGAGAAUGAGUCGACAGAACACCGGAGGACGUAAGGGUGCUGUGCGCAACGGUAGGCCGACGACACCAUCAUGAUGUUCGUCUUGUAAAUUAUCGAUUUCUUGGACACUCCGAGAGCUUUCGCGUAUCUCGGUAGGUAUUGUACAGGUUGUUAAGCCCUAUUUCUUGCGUAACAUUAUUGGGAAGCUGCGAUUUUGAAUUGUUAGAGUACUUGGGUAUGCGGUAGUAAGUAAUGGUGCUGUAGAAUCCGUAUCACAGAUGCCUUACUCCUUCCUUUUGCGAUACAUCCAUAGAGGAAUACGUACUGCACGGUAUUUGACUGCGAUGAGCAUCUCUGCCUAACGACUUCGAGAUCUAGUUUGCUUCAUCUACAGUACUUAGUAGUUCGAAUCGGGAUGCAUAAUUAGUGCUGGACGACGCGUUUGUCACACAACUGCGUCACUGUCACACUCUACAUU